CGAUCGCCAUGGCUCUGAUAACAUAUAAUUUGUUGAAGGCUGUGGAACGACAAACAGACGACAAAGUGCUAAAGACUGAAAUUCAGAAAUACAUUAAAAAAUCAUCUGCUAUGGCGACGGGUAUUCUAAACGAAUGUGCCCAGAGUGAUGACACAUACACGAAUCAGAUAUUAACGCUAGAGAUACAAUUUUGGCAGAUGACAUGCAUAGAAUUGGCUAUAAAAUCGAAACACAUGGAAUUCCUUGACCAGCUAGCAGUCCGCAAUCUGUUUGGAACUGUUUGGAAUGGAAAACUCGAGGAUACAACUACGUUGAAGUUUUUCUCUUGUUUAAUGUGUCCAGCGUUAUCGCUAAAACUAUUGAAUUACAAAACGGACAAAAGUACGACCCACGACAACCCAGGCGAACAACCAGCACCGAAAAAGAUCUGUGCAAACCUUGGCAAGAUCAAGGACUUCUUACAAGCUUCAAAAACAAAACUUGCGUAUAAUUUGAUAUCGUAUGUGAUGUUUCUGAGCCUUUUCGCGUACGUACUGCUGUUUGAUCUCGCAUCAACGAUCUCGAACUUGGAAUAUGUAUUGAUGACAUGGGUAUUGGCUAUACUGGGAGAAGAAAUAAGACAGAUGGCUACGUCGAAUGAGAAAAAAGAGUACUUCUCGAAUGGAUGGAAUAUCAUUGAUAUGUGUACAAUCGCCAUGUUUUUUAUCGGAUUUGGACUGCGAUUCAAACACUUUCAAGACGCGUUGGAUUGGCCCAGAGUCGUGCUUGCUGUCGAUUUUGUAGCAUUCUUCUUCAGACUGAUCCACAUCUUCUCUGUUCAAAAUGUCCUUGGUCCCAAACUUAUUAUGAUUCAACAAAUGUUAAAGGACCUGGUGUAUUUCCUUGUUAUUUUGGUGGUGUUUGUAUUAUCGUACGCGAUUGCGUCGCACUCCAUCCUCUUCCCUGAUUCUCCAUUUACUAGGGAAACAUUUCUACAAAUAAUAAGAAAGCCUUACUGGCAUCUUUAUGGAGAACUGUUUCUAGAAGAUACGGAAGGUUCUGCGGAUUGCACAACGGAUGUUAGGCUUUGGACAAACGGAAUAUAUCCGCGUUGUCCAAGCAAAACUGGACAGAUUGUGGUUCCAAUCAUGAUGGCGAUCUAUAUGCUUUUUACCAAUAUACUGCUUCUCAACCUUCUGAUUGCUAUGUUCAGUCACACAUUCGAGGCUAUUCAUAAGCGAUCGGAAUCGCUGUGGUGUUAUCAGCGAUACUUCAUACUAAAGGAGUACGGAAUGAGACCUGUUAUAUGUCCUCCUCUAAACAUAUGUUGGCACAUAUACGAUCUUGUCCAACGCGUGUGCUGUCGACACUCGACUGUAGAAGAUCCUCUUCGAUUUGAUAACGACGAAAAACGCUCAAACAGUGCUAGAACAGAUGCUAAAGAGUCAACAAUUAUUGAGAUAAAUUACGGCAUGCUUCAAGCUCAUUUACCUGAUCUGCAAAAGAGGGUCAGAACUCUUGUAUGCAAGGUGUAUGGUGAUGUGGACACGAUCGUUGAGAAGACUUAUAGCGAUGACGACGAUCCUCAUUUUGGACUUCGGAUAAUACAAAUGGCUAACACGUUGCAAUCGCUAUGGAAAGUGGUAUUUCCAUUUAGCAAUACAUCUUCCACCUUUCGCCUAGUAAAAUACUUGGAAGAAAAAAGCGAAAUAAGCUUUUACUGGAAGCACCUCGCAGAUAGUCAUACAAAGGAGACAAUGAAUACAAUUCAACAACAGAUAUGUGACCUUGAAACAAGAAUAGAUGUUUUGUAUAAUUUACCUCUUCACUUGUUACAAAGAAAUUCAUUCGAUAAAUACAUUGAGUCUGAAAAUAAAACCCAAUCUGAACGAACCGAAACGAUGAUAAAGACAAUAAAACGCAGACUCAAUUGUCUGACAAAACAGGAAGAGGAAUUUCGAAAUGCGAUCUCGACUCAGUUAAAAGACAUGAAAGCAGAAAUUAUGGAGUCAAAGACAAAACAGGAAGAGGAAUUUCGAAAUGCGAUCUCGACUCAGUUAAAAGACAUGAAAGCAGAAAUUAUGGAGUCAAAGUCAAAACAAGACGAGGUGUUCCAAAUUACGAUACUGAGUAAGAUUGAACAAGCGGCUGAGAGGGAGGAUGAGUUUAGACGCAAGGUGUACGUAUGA